AUGGAAAAGAAGAGAAGGGGAAACCCUCCCAACGAGAAAGCUCACAAAAAACGCCGGUUGACCCACAAGACCUCAGGUAUUCCCAAGACAGAAGAAGAAGAAGAAGAAGAAGAAGAAGAAGAAGAAGAAGAAGAAGAAGAAGAAGAAGAAGCAGCAGCAGCAGCAGCAGCAGCAGCAAAGGAGCAAUCAUGGUUUACUGAGUAA